AUGGACACCCGGUUUCACUGUGUCUAUUUACUCACGAGCUUGGACCCUCAAUGUGAAGGCGCGCACUACAUUGGAUACACGGUGAAUCCCAUCCGGCGCCUUCGGCAGCAUAAUGGAGAAUUGGUGAACGGCGCAAGACGAACAAAGAGAAACGGACGGCCGUGGCUGCUUCUAAUGUGUGUCUCCGGCUUCGGUGAAGACCGCAUAGCGCUCAAGUUUGAAUGGUGCUGGCAGAAUCCAUCGAAGUCCACGCGGUUAAAGUCACACGUAUCUCAGCUACGGUGUGUUCACAAACUGACCCACGCUGUCGGUGUUCUGCUGCUGCUGUUGCGCACGGAACUUUUCUCUAGGCUGCAACUGACACUCCACAUUUUUGAUCGGGAGCACUUUGAUAAGGUGAUCUCACAAUUGCUGUCGGCACUGCCGACAAUGGAGCCGCUGGUGGAGACGUCUCUUCUUCGUGUGGAAAGCACGACUAUAGAGCAGUUCCAGACCCAAUACAUGAAUGAUGGGCAGUGGGGUGCAGCGGUAGAUUACGGCGCUUACUUCAUGCGAGCACCACCGGGAGCUAACGUCGACGUCAGCAAGCCUAUCGUUGGCGGCCAGGAUAAUACACUUCGUUGCGGCGUCAUGCAUAACAACUUGUGUGAAGAAGAAGUCAUCAGACAGCAUGUAAAGGAGCGAACAUUGCUUGAGUCCGGGCACUACCCCUGCUCGUUAUGCUCGCUGCCGCUGAGAGCGCCGUACUUCUUGCGCUGCUCACGCACGCCAUUCUGCAGGCUUCGUGCGCACAUUGUGUGUCUUGCCAUGUGGUUUAUCUAUGAUUCCUCACAACGUGGUGGCGACCCUCUGGUGAAAGAUGCCGGGCCAGCGGAGGUGGCGGAGAACAGCAACGACGCUGCCUGUCAAGUGAAUGAGAACUGCUAUUCCCUUUCUGGCUGUGGGCCUGUUGUUGGUGGUAUUUUCAAUCACGACGCAUACACAGACCGAAGAGACGACAACUCGCCGCCGUCCCCACCUUGUCCCCUUCCCACUCAAUCAUCACAGGCGGAUGCAUCGUUGGCUGCAACGAGUUUGCCGCUUGUACCACGAGCGCCAUGCGAUUGUCCAUUAUGUGAUGAGGAGUUGCAAUGGAGCGCGCUCGUCUACGAUCUGAAGCGCCGGGUGGCGGUGGAGAAGCGCCGUGCAGAACGUGAAAGGCGGGAGGCUAUGGACGCCGAGUUCGCGCAAAGGUUUCAACGCCUUCAGUCUGAGAGCAACAAAAAAUCGACAGCGCGGGAGCGGGGUGCAUUGGAGGGUGUGAGACGAAAGCGAAGGCGGCGCGGGGAGGUAGCAGCCAAGUUAACUCAACAAACAGCAGUUCGGCACGAGCCCACAUCGGGCGCUUCUGGUGAUCGUGCUCAUUCCGCUCCGCCAGCCCCUUCAUGUGGAGGGUUUGAUGAAAUUCCCGCCAACGUCACGAACCCCACCGCUCCGCUACAUGCUGAUGUCUUGCAGGUCACAGAGUUCAACGUCGACGAGUGGCUUAACCACUGA